CUCCGCCCUCGCGCCCUCGCCCCCUCGCGCCCUCGCCCCCUCGCGCCCUCGCGCCCUCGCGCCGGGGGCGGGCUCGCUGCGCGUGCCGGGCGGGGAAGCGGCGCGAGCCGGGCGCCUGGGAACGUUCGCCGCGGGGGCGGAUCCGGGGCCUGAGAGGGCGCUGCCGCUGUCGCCUCAGGCGCGGGGGCCGGGCCUGGAGGAGGCGGAGGGCUUGCGGCAGCCGAAGACCUUCCCGACGCCCCCAGAUCCGGCCGGGAAGAUGAUUGAGGAAAGUGGGAACAAGCGGAAGACCGUGGCAGAGAAGAGGCAGCUGUUCAUAGAAAUGCGAGCUCAGAAUUUUGAUGUCAUACGACUAUCAACUUACAGAACAGCUUGCAAAUUACGAUUUGUACAAAAACGAUGCAACCUUCACCUUGUUGAUAUCUGGAACAUGAUUGAAGCCUUCAGAGAUAAUGGCCUUAACACACUGGACCAUAACACCGAGAUCAGUGUGUCCCGCCUUGAAACCAUCAUCUCAUCCAUCUACUACCAGCUGAACAAACGCCUUCCUUCCACCCACCAGAUCAGUGUGGAGCAGUCCAUCAGCCUCCUCCUCAACUUCAUGAUAGCUGCGUAUGACAGUGAGGGCCGAGGCAAGUUGACGGUAUUUUCAGUUAAAGCUAUGUUAGCAACCAUGUGUGGUGGAAAAAUGCUGGACAAAUUGAGAUAUGUGUUCUCCCAGAUGUCAGAUUCCAAUGGCUUAAUGAUAUUUAGCAAGUUUGACCAGUUUCUGAAGGAAGUCCUGAAGCUCCCAACAGCUGUCUUUGAAGGGCCAUCUUUUGGUUACACAGAGCACUCAGUCCGCACCUGUUUCCCCCAGCAGAAAAAGGUCAUGCUGAAUAUGUUCUUGGACACCAUGAUGGCCGAUCCGCCACCCCAGUGCUUUGUCUGGCUGCCCCUCGUGCACAGGCUCGCCCAUGUUGAGAAUGUCUUCCAUCCUGUGGAGUGCUCCUACUGCCGGUGUGAGAGCAUGAUGGGCUUCCGAUACCGAUGCCAGCAGUGCCACAACUACCAGCUCUGCCAGAACUGCUUUUGGCGCGGCCAUGCCAGCGGCCCCCACAGCAACCAGCACCAGAUGAAGGAGCACUCCUCCUGGAAAUCCCCUGCAAAGAAGCUGAGCCAUGCAAUUAGUAAAUCUUUGGGUUGCGUACCCACGAGAGAACCCCCACAUCCUGUUUUUCCUGAGCAACCAGAGAAACCACUUGACCUUGCACAUAUAGUGCCCCCUCGCCCCCUGGCGAACAUGAAUGAGUCCGUGGUCAGCCACCUGUCCUCCGGAGCACCCACCCCCACCAAGAGGUUACAGUAUGGCCAGGACAUGCCCAGUCUCCUGGCUGACGAGCAUGCGCUGAUAGCCUCCUAUGUGGCCCGUCUGCAGCACUGCGCACGUGUCCUGGAAAGUCCUAGCCGACUAGAUGAGGAACACCGGCUUAUUGCUCGCUAUGCUGCCCGGCUGGCUGCAGAGGCAGGAAACAUGACCCGUCCUCCUACUGACUUGAGCUUUAACUUUGAUGCCAACAAACAACAAAGACAGCUUAUUGCAGAACUGGAAAAUAAAAACAGAGAGAUCCUGCAGGAGAUCCAGCGGCUGCGCCUGGAGCAUGAGCAGGCUUCCCAGCACACCCCCGAGAAGGCGCAGCAGAAUCCCACGCUGUUGGCGGAGCUGCGGCUGCUGAGGCAAAGGAAAGAUGAGCUGGAGCAGAGAAUGUCGGCGCUGCAGGAGAGCAGGCGGGAGCUGAUGGUGCAGCUGGAGGGGCUGAUGAAGUUACUGAAGGAGGAGGAGCAAAAACAGGCAGCCCAGGCCGCAGGGUCGCCACACACCUCGCCCACGCACGGCGGCCGCCCCCUGCCCAUGCCCGUGCGCUCGGCGUCUGCGGGCUCCACCCCCACCCACUGCCCGCAGGACGCCCUCAGCGGGGCCGGCGGGGACCUGCAGGAGGCCUUUGCACAAGGUACGAGGAGAAACCUCCGCAAUGACCUGCUGGUGGCUGCUGACUCCAUCACCAACACCAUGUCCUCUCUGGUGAAGGAGCUCCAUUCAGCAGAGGAAGGUGCAGAGGAAGAGGAGGAGAAGCUGCAGAAUGGGAAGGACUGAGGUUAGCCGAGGAGCCCGAGCAGAGGAGGCACGGCACGGAGGCCCUGGAGCGUGCUGGCGCCAACGGACGCGGGCAGAUCCUCGAGGCACCUUCCACCUACCACCGCACCUGGACGGGGCCUGCAGGCGCCGGGGCAGGGGAGCCAGCCGCGGGGAGCGGGGACGCCUGGGCCAUGGCUGGCAGGCCGUCCCCUCCUGGCCCUGCAUGUCCUGGCACCUUCCCACCCCCUCGGGGCACGGUCUCCUGUCUGCAGCCAGGAAUUUACCAGGAGGUUGAAAAGAGAAACGAAAAAGCACCACCGGCCUGUGUGUUCGUGACCUGAGGGACUGCUCUGUGGCACCUUACCAGCUUGCAGGGGCGCUCCCUAGGGUGGGGGCACAAGUUUCUUUCUUACCUUUGACCUUUAAAAACCAUCAAGUUUUCUUUCUAUCAUGCAAAAAAGCUCCA